CACUUAGCUACAGCCAACCGCCCAAUGCAGCACUCGCUCGCUCCCCCCGCCAGCGGAAGCGCCCGCGGAGCACAAUGCAGCACUGAGGCAGCGCCGCGGUGGAGGCUGCAGCGCCACGGCCACCGCAGCACCGGCCCGGGCUGGGAGGGGGCGGCCGAGGCAAACCGGGGGGCGCGGGGCGAGGGAGCCGGACCCCGCUGCCGGGGCAUGAGGAGCUGAGCGUCUCCAACGGGGCGGUUGACGGCAGCACCAUGCAGGCGGCGGCGGCUGCGUCCGUGCCCUUCUUGCUGCUCUGCGCCCUGGGGACCUGCCCCCCGGCGCGCUGCGGCCGGGCAGGAGACGCCUCGUUGACGGAGCUGGAAAAAAGGAACGAAAACCGCUUCCUGGAGCGCCAGAGCAUCGUGCCACUCCGGCUUCUCUACUGCUCGGGCGGCGAAGACGAAACUGGGCACGACGCGCUCGAUACGCGAGUGCGGGGCGACCCCGGCGGCGGGCAGUUGACUCAUGUUGACCAAGCAAGCUUCCAGGUUGAUGCCUUUGGAACAUCAUUUAUUCUCGAUGUCAUGCUAAAUCAUGAUUUGCUGUCCUCUGGAUAUGUAGAGAGACACGUUGAACAUGGAGGGAAGACUGUGGAAGUUAAAGGAGGAGAACACUGUUACUACCAGGGCCAUAUCCGAGGAAACCCUGCCUCAUUUGUUGCAUUGUCAACAUGCCAUGGACUUCAUGGGAUGUUCUAUGAUGGGAACCACACCUAUCUCAUUGAGCCAGAAGACAAUGACACUUCCCAAGAGGAUUUCCGUCUUCAUUCAGUUUACAAAUCCAGACUGUUUGAAUUUCCCUUGGAUGAUCUUCCAUCUGAAUUCCAACAAGUAAACAUCACUCCACCAAAAUUUAUUUUAAAACCAAGACCAAAAAGGAUUAAGCGACAGCUUCGACGACAUCCUCGUAACGUAGAGGAGGAAACCAAAUACAUUGAACUGAUGAUUGUGAAUGACCAUCUCAUGUUUAAAAAACAUCGGCUUUCAGUUGUACACACCAAUACGUAUGCGAAAUCUGUGGUGAACAUGGCGGAUUUAAUUUAUAAAGACCAACUUAAGACAAGGAUAGUAUUGGUUGCCAUGGAAACCUGGGCAGCUGACAACAAGUUUGCCAUAUCUGAAAAUCCAUUGAUCACCCUACGUGAGUUUAUGAAAUACAGGAGGGAUUUUAUCAAAGAGAAAAGUGAUGCGGUUCACCUUUUUUCGGGGAGUCAAUUUGAGAGUAGCCGGAGCGGGGCAGCUUAUGUUGGUGGGAUUUGCUCGUUGCUGCAGGGAGGCGGCGUGAAUGAAUUUGGGAAAACUGAUUUAAUGGCGGUUACACUUGCCCAGUCAUUAGCCCAUAAUAUUGGUAUUAUCUCAGACAAAAGAAAGUUAGCAAGUGGCGAGUGUAAAUGUGAGGACACAUGGUCUGGAUGCAUAAUGGGAGACACCGGCUAUUAUCUUCCUAAAAAAUUCACCCAGUGUAACAUUGAAGAGUAUCAUGAUUUCCUGAAUAGUGGAGGUGGUGCCUGCCUUUUCAACAAACCUUCUAAGCUUCUCGAUCCUCCUGAGUGUGGCAAUGGCUUCAUUGAAACUGGAGAGGAGUGUGACUGUGGGACUCCAACGGAAUGUGCCCUUGAAGGAGCAGAGUGUUGUAAGAAAUGUACCUUGACUCAAGACUCUCAAUGCAGUGAUGGUCUUUGUUGUAAAAAGUGCAAGUUUCAGCCUGUGGGGACUGUGUGCCGAGAAGCAGUAAAUGAUUGUGAUAUUCGUGAAACAUGCUCAGGAAAUUCAAGCCAGUGUGCCCCAAAUAUUCAUAAAAUGGAUGGAUAUUCAUGUGAUGGUGUUCAGGGAAUUUGCUUUGGAGGAAGAUGUAAAACCAGGGAUAGACAAUGCAAAUACAUCUGGGGGCAAAAGGUGAUGGCAUCAGACAAAUACUGCUAUGAGAAGCUGAAUAUUGAAGGGACCGAGAAGGGUAAUUGUGGUAAAGACAAAGACACGUGGAUACAGUGCAACAAACGGGAUGUGCUUUGUGGUUACCUUCUGUGUACCAAUAUUGGUAGUACUCCAAGGCUUGGAGAACUCGAUGGUGAAAUCACAUCGACUUUAGUUGUGCAGCAGGGAAGAACCUUAAACUGCAGUGGUGGGCAUGUUAAGCUUGAAGAAGAUGUAGAUCUUGGCUAUGUGGAAGAUGGGACACCUUGUGGUCCCCAAAUGAUGUGCUUAGCACACAGGUGUCUUCCUGUGGCUUCCUUCAACUUUAGUACAUGCUUGAGCAAUAAAGAAGGCACUGUUUGUUCAGGAAACGGAGUUUGCAGUAAUGAGCUGAAGUGUGUGUGUAACAGACACUGGAUAGGUGCAGACUGCAGCACGUACUUCCCUCACAAUGAUGAUGCAAAGACUGGUAUAACUCUGUCUGGCAAUGGUGUUGCUGGUACCAAUAUCAUAAUAGGCAUCAUUGCUGGCACCAUUUUAGUUCUAGCCCUCCUAUUAGGAAUAACUGCGUGGGGUUAUAAAAACUAUCGAGAACAGAGACAGUUACCCCAGGGAGAUUAUGUAAAAAAGCCUGGAGAUGGCGACUCUUUUUAUAGCGACAUUCCUCCUGGAGUCAGCACAAACUCAGCAUCUAGUUCUAAGAAGAGGUCUGCUUUUCUGUCGCAUUUUCAGAUUUCUACCUGUUCCAUCACACAUUAUUCCAUUAGUCAGAACAUUUCAUUAUUUUGCAGCAGGUCAAAUGGACUUUCUCAUUCUUGGAGUGAAAGGAUUCCAGACACAAAACAUAUUUCAGACAUCUGCGAAAAUGGGCGACCUCGAAGUAACUCUUGGCAAGGUAACCUGGGAGGCAACAGAAAGAAAAUCAGAGGCAAAAGAUUUAGACCUCGGUCUAAUUCAACCGAGAGGGAGCCCCAAGCACCUGAGCCUGGGCACUCCCUCGCCCAGACAGUCCCAUCCCAAGGCAUAAGCCCAGGGGGCUCUGACAGCCCCCAGACAGGGAGUCUGGAUCACAGGACUUUAUCUCCUGCCAAGUCUCCUUCUUCAUCAACUGGGUCUAUUGCCUCCAGCAGAAAAUACCCCUACCCAAUGCCUCCACUUCCCGACGAGGAGAAGAAAGUGAACCGACAAAGUGCCAGGCUAUGGGAGACAUCCAUUUAAGAUCAACUGUUUACAUGUGAUACAUCGAAACUGUUUACUUCAACUUUUAUAGAAACCCAGCCUCAUGGAAUCACUGCAAAUCUAUCUGCU